GAGCACCAUGGAAAUGCUGUUGUAUCCUUGUCAUUUUCCCCCAACGGCCCCGCUAUCGUCUUACUAGGGUCUUACUUCGACGAGACCUCGAUCGUCUGGGAUGUUCAACAUGGCUGUGUACUCCGACAUCUCAUCGGACGUCAUUCGCGGGUGUUAAACUCUACGUACUCCCCCAACGGCGCACUCAUUGCCACAGCUGACACGGCAGGAUCUGUGAAGAUUUGGGACACCUCAACCGGCGCAUGUCUGUAUACCCCCGAUCUCGAUGAGCACGUGUACCAGGUCACCUUCUCGCCAGAUAGCUCGCGUCUAUGCCUUCCUGCAAGGAAUAGCGUGACGGUUUGGGACGCGGUAACCGGCCAAAAGCUUCUUACAAUCGACGACGAGAGAAAGCCGACAAGCCCUGUAGCAUUCUCCCCAGACGGUGCCGAGGUGCUGGCGGUUUGCCAGGGGGACCAAAUGGCCCUCGCUUUCGACUCGCGGACGGGCCAGCCACGCCACACCUUCGAGCUGUCAUACGUGCCCCAUCGUGUUGCAUACUCUCCGAACGGAGAUUACGUUGUUUUUGCAGAUGAUCGCGGUAGUCUCGAGGUGUAUAACGCGAAGUCU